AUGGCGAUGCGGCACUACAGGCUUUGGGGGCGACGGCGGUGUGGGGAGAGUUUCACUUCUCUCGAGACACUGCGCGAGCAAAGCGCCAAUGCCGACGUUGUCGUGCAUCUCACGCGUAUCCACGACCCUACGGCAGAGACGAAAGAGGUGCUGCGCAUUGAGGCCGCAGCGCUAGACGCGAUCGGCGAUGGCCUCCAGGAAAGUGGCAAACCUCUCCUCGUGACGUCUGGAACAGGGCCAGCCGAGCCGGAUCCGGCGGGCGGGGAGACAGCGGAAGAUGCACCGGUCGCACAGGGAGCAAACCCUCUGCUCAAGGGCAUUCGCUCUGAGUACCACGUGUUGGGCCUCGGCGAGAGAGAUAUCAGAGUCAGCAUAAUCCGGCUGCCACCCUACGUCUACGGUCGCGGCGGUGGUGGUGGCCCUAUUACCGUCUUGUUGCGAAUGGCUGCUACGGCUGGCGAAUCAAUUUACAUUGGUGACGAGGCUCUGCGCACUUCUGUCGUGGGUUCCGGCGCAUCGUCUUUUUCUGUACUGGCAGGACAGACUCUACGUGCUGCAUGUAACCUCAAUACGUGUUGA